AUGAUAUCUGACUCUAAUAUAACUCCAGGUAAAAGCAUGGGAAACAGCCAAUCAAUACGAGAAACCCAUUUCCAGCGAACAGAUACUGCAGAUUCGCCGUCAGAGAAAACCGAAUCCAAUGAGCAGUAUAUCAGCAUCUCAAACAAAAUGGUCGAGAGGCUGGUCGAAGACGCAACAUUAACAGGCAAAGCAGCGGCUUCGGAAACCACUAUCCCUCGUGACGACUACAAAGAGAAGGUCUUCAUGGAAAAGUUGUUAUAUUUGGACGAAAACCACUCUCAGAGAUUCAGGCUAACAGUAGAAGACUUAAACGAAACGGCGGCGAGAAUAGAACUACGAACAGCAAACAUGGUAUGUGUGGAGCCAGUUUGUGCCGAGUGCAAGCAGAGAGUCAUCGAUUGCUACGACAGUGGGCCUCACACUGAGUCGCUCGUGUGCUGGGACGCUGUUGGCCAUGCAACGUGUACGGAGCAAAAAGCUCCGUUAGGAAAUCAUGCACGUGACCCCAUGGUCGCACCAAUGCCUAGUUUCUGUGCGUUCACAAAGUGCGUGCAAACGGCUGCGGCAAAGCGACUACACGCACGGACUCAGCGCGACGCACGCGAGCACGCGCGCCGUGAACGUCACGUCGCACACGCCCGUGAACAUGCGCUAAAAGAUCUCACACCGCCCGCGCCCCAGGAAACUACUGCCUAA